GGCUCAAAGAGCAUUGGCCCCCCGCGGAUUGAGACCUCGCCGAAGGCGCGAAGGCAUCACCGAAAGCGACCAAUGUUGGCUUGUGGGUGUUGUGACACGAAUGGUGGCACUCCUGUGGAGGAAGUGACCUCGUUGCCCCGUCUCAAGACUCUCGAAGAAGACGGCCGGAUCUCCGAGACGCCAGAAGUUCCUCCAGCUGCAGCUCCCGCACCGAUGAAGGAGAGUGGUGCCACCUUCACCUUCAAGCUGCCAGACAACACCUCAAAGGAGGUGGUGUUCAGGGCCAAACCCUUGGGUCUGGACUUCAGCAAGUCGACCCCCUUGGUGGUGAAGGCUGUGAAGAAGGACUCCGUGGCAGAGGACGUGGCCGUUCAAAGCCAGUGGGAGGUAACGCAUGUGAACGGAGAAGAGAUGCCCACAGACUUGAGGGAGGCGAUGACUGUGUUGUUGAAGGCAGUCAAGGACCUUCCACCAAAGUGAAUGCAAAGCGCAAAGCGUGAUCUCAGGGCAAAAGGGCGAUUUGUUGCAAAAGUACUUAAGUCAGUCAUAUGACAUUUGAGUUGCAA